GGAACAUGGGGUUUGAAAUAGCAUAGCUGCAGCUGGGCGACCUGAACGGGAAGAGCUCAAGUGAUAUGCAGCUGUCAGAGCGGCGCUGACAGGCCUGAAUCGGGUUUAACACGACCAUGGACUCCUCUUCUGAUUCCCAGCAGGAAGCUGAGAAAACUUUGGAGACACAGAAACCUGAAAACGAUGAAACACAUCUUCAAAUAAAUUGCCUCCUCCACCUUCCUGCCAAGCCCCAUGCAGAGUUGAGAGAGAGCCAUGCCACCUCCGCUGCUGUAGUGUGCAGUGAUGACACCGUCCUUCUGACCCCAGGCAGGAUGAGCCAGCGCCAGGUGAAGGAGCGGGACAAAGAGAGGGAGAAGGAGGCCGGCCUCCAGACGCCCAACAGGGAGCAUGUCUCCACCCCCUCGACCCUCAGCCCGGGGGUGAGCUACAGCCACGGUUUUGAAAGAGGGAAGGAGGACCUCUUGUCUCUGCCUUUAAAAGAGGACUCACAUUCCAUUUCAAAGAGCAAGUCUGAAACAAAGCUGUACAAUGGCUCAGACAAGGAUGUGUCGGCGUCUGGAGGAAAGCUCACCAAGAAGGAGUCCCUCAAGGUGCAGAAGAAAAACUACAGGGAAGAAAAGAAGAGGGCGACCAAGGAGCUGCUCAGCACCAUCACCGACCCCUCUGUCAUCGUCAUGGCCGACUGGCUGAAGAUCCGCGGCACUCUGAAGAGCUGGACCAAGCUGUGGUGCGUGCUGAAGCCAGGCGUCCUGCUCAUCUACAAAACCAACAAAAACGGCCAGUGGGUGGGAACGGUGCUGCUCAACGCCUGCGAGCUGAUCGAGAGGCCGUCCAAGAAGGACGGCUUCUGCUUCAAGCUGUUCCACCCGCUGGAACAGUCCAUCUGGGCCGUCAAGGGUCCUAAAGGGGAAGCGGUGGGCUCCAUCACGCAGCCAUUACCCAGCAGCCACCUCAUCUUUCGUGCUACCUCAGAGUCUGAUGGUCGAUGCUGGAUGGACGCCUUAGAGCUGGCCCUGAAGUGCUCCGGCCUACUGAAGAGGACCAUGAUCCGUGAGGGGAAGGAAGACAUAAGCACAGUCGCUACUGGCGGAGAACACUCCAUUAAUUUCUACAGUCUCCUGCGAGCCCAUAACAUGCACGGUUUCCAAUUCAGUGACAGUGACCAUUUGAAAGACCCGGAUCUGUACUCGGACAAGUCGGACCGGGAGGGCGAGCAGGACCACGAGGAGUCGGACCCAGAAGGCCUGGAGAAGAGCGAGGAGAGCGACAGCGACACGUCGGAGCGCCAAGACGACUCGUACAUUGACCUUGAUCCAAACGAACAUCUGAGGGAAACCCCGUACCUGGAACAGUCCCACGAGGAACUGGGAGAGGCUGGUGAGGCUGCACAGACAGAGACGGUAUCGGAGGAGAAUAAAUCUCUGAUCUGGACGUUGCUGAAGCAGGUCCGACCUGGUAUGGACCUGUCCAAGGUGGUGUUGCCCACCUUCAUCCUGGAGCCCAGAUCCUUCCUCGACAAACUCUCGGAUUACUACUACCACGCAGACUUCCUGUCAGAUGCUGCGAUCGAAGAGAACGCCUACAGCCGCAUGAAGAAGGUGGUGAAGUGGUACAUUUCUGGAUUUUACAAGAAGCCACAGGGGUUGAAGAAGCCUUACAACCCCAUUAUUGGAGAGACGUACCGCUGCAUGUGGCUCCACCAGAGGACAAACAGCAAGACGUUCUACAUCGCAGAACAGGUUUCCCAUCAUCCUCCGGUGUCUGCCUUCUAUGUCAGCAACAGGAAGGAUGGGUUCUGCCUCAGUGGCAGCAUCCUUGCCAAGUCGAAGUUUUAUGGUAACUCUCUGUCGGCCAUAUUAGACGGGGAGGCUCGUCUCACUUUUCUCAACCGAGGGGAGGACUAUGUGAUGAACAUGCCCUACGCCCACUGUAAAGGUAUCCUGUACGGCACCAUGACACUGGAGCUGGGAGGACAGGUCACCAUUGCCUGUGAGAAAACAGGCUACAGCGCUCAGCUCGAGUUCAAACUGAAGCCAUUCCUGGGCAGCAGCGACAGUGUCAAUGAGAUCUGUGGAAAGAUCAAGCUUGGAAAGGAGGUGUUAGCCACACUAGAAGGACACUGGGACAGCGAGAUCUUCAUCAAUGACAAGAAGACUGGGACGGUGGAAACUUUCUGGAAUCCGACACCAGAGCUGAGACAGAGUCGACUGACCCGCUGCACAGUCCCACCAGAGGACCAGGGGGAGUUUGAAGCAGAAAGACUGUGGCAGCACGUGACCCGGGCCAUCAACAACAAGGACCAGACCGAGGCCACCAAUGAGAAGUUCUUUCUGGAGGAAGCUCAGAGGAAGUCGGCCCGCGAGCGGAAAGCAAAAUGCGAGGAGUGGAUCUCCGCUCUGUUUGAGCAGGACCCCAUCACUGGAGAGUGGCAUUACCGAUAUGCUGACACAAGGCCAUGGGAUCCACUCAACGACCUGAUCCAGUUUGAAAAGGACGGCUGCAUCCAGACCAAGGUCCGACACCGCACCCCUAUGGUACGUUCUGGCAGUCUUAUUAGUCUGAGUAACCAGGGGCCGCGGAGGGACAAUUGCAAGUGCCAGGUAACGGUGCCAAAGAGGAAACAUAAGAGCGACAAACCCAAAAGUCCAGAGAGUGGCUGCUCUUCACCUGAACCCGACCGUCAGGACUCGUCUGGCAGCGAACGACACAAAAGCAAACACAACAGUCGGCUGAGGAAAAAAGGAGCCGACCUCAGUGAACUUCAAAGUGCCAUUGAAUCCAUAAAGAAGACGCAGGAGGACAUUAACAGGAGCAUCAGUGUGCUGCGGAGUCGUGGGUCAGGCCGGGUGGAGGGCGGCUCCUUCCUCCAGCAGCGCGACUACGUCAUCAUCUUUUUCCUCAUCCUCCUUCAGGUCGUGAUCAACUACGUCUUCAAGUAGCAGCCAUACCCCACAGAGAGAGUGUGAUGCCCUUACACACACACACACA